AUGGGUAUAAAACCUCCGGAAGAACAGGAUAAUUGGACAGAGAAAUCACAUCGUGAUGCACAGACAUUUGCCGAUAAAGUAGGAGAUAUGAAAUCUGAAGCAGUUAGCGAGUUUGCUACACGAAAAACCAUUGUGGAACAACGACAAUACUUACCAGUAUUUUCCGUAAGGACAUCCUUACUGAGAAUGAUUAAAGAACAUCAAAUUGUAGUGAUUGUUGGCGAAACUGGAAGUGGUAAAACUACUCAAUUAACUCAAUAUUUACAUGAAGAUGGUUUUACAACUUAUGGCAUGGUUGGUUGUACUCAACCACGUCGUGUUGCUGCUAUGUCUGUUGCUCGACGAGUUGCUGAAGAAAUGAAUGUACGUUUAGGUGAAGAAGUUGGUUAUGCCAUAAGAUUCGAAGAUUGUACUUCUUCUUCCACUUUAAUUAAAUAUAUGACUGAUGGAAUUCUAUUACGUGAGUCACUACGUGAAUCUGAUCUUGAUCCAUACUCUGCAAUUAUCAUGGAUGAAGCGCAUGAAAGGUCUUUAAAUACUGAUGUAUUAUUUGGAUUGUUACGUGAAGUUGUUAGUAGGCGUAAUGAUUUACGUCUUUUAAUCACUUCUGCUACAAUGGACGCAGAAAGAUUUGCUCAGUUUUUCGGUGAUUGUCCUAUUUUCCGAAUACCUGGUCGAACAUUUCCUGUUGAUACACAAUUCAGUAAAACAACGGUAAUGGAUUAUGUAGAUGCAUCUGUGAAACAAGCAAUUCAGGUUCAUUUAGGCUCACCAACAGAUGGUGAUAUACUCAUUUUUAUGCCUGGUCAAGAGGAUAUUGAAGUGACAUGUGAACUAAUUGCUGAACGUUUGAGUAACUUGGAUGAAGCUCCUCCACUGUCCAUCCUCCCCAUUUAUUCUCAGUUACCGAGCGAUCUUCAAGCAAAAAUAUUUAUGAAGGCUGAAAAUGGUGUCCGAAAAUGUGUCGUGGCAACAAAUAUUGCUGAAACUUCAUUAACUGUUGAUGGGAUACGUUAUGUGAUCGAUUGUGGUUAUUGUAAAUUGAAAGUUUUCAACCCUAAAAUUGGUAUGGAUGCAUUACAAAUAUUUCCAAUUAGUCAAGCUAAUGCUAAUCAACGUGCUGGUCGUGCUGGUAGAACUGGUCCAGGAGUGUGUUACCGUUUAUACACUAUAAGUCAGUUUCAAGAUGAAAUGCUAAUCACAUCUGUUCCAGAAAUUCAGAGAACUAAUCUGGCCAAUGUUGUUCUUUUAUUAAAAUCUUUGGGUGUUCAAGAUUUAAUGCGAUUUCAUUUCAUGGAUGCUCCUCCACAGGAUAACAUAUUGAAUUCAAUGUAUCAACUAUGGAUUUUCGGUGCUCUUGAUAAUACUGGUAGUUUAACAAAUUUAGGUCGUCAAAUGGUUGAAUUUCCAUUGGAUCCAGCUUUGUCUAAAUUAUUAAUUAUUUCCUGUGAUAUGAAUUGUUCUGAAGAGAUUCUAACCAUUGUAUCAAUGCUCUCUGUCCCAAGUGUAUUCUACAGACCAAAAGGUCGUGAAGAAGAAUCAGAUAAUGCAAGAGAGAAAUUCCAAGUUCCAGAAUCUGAUCAUUUAACACUAUUGAACGUUUUCACUCAAUGGCGUAAAUCAGGUUAUUCAUCAGCAUUUUGUGCAAAACACUUUUUACACUUAAAAGCUAUGCGUAAAAUUCGUGAGGUUCGACAACAAAUGAAAGAAAUCAUGGAACAACACAACAUGAAUUUACAAUCGAUCGGCAGUGAUUGGGAUGUUGUGCGUGAAUGUUUAUGCGCUACUUUCUUCCAUCAAGCUGCUCGUAUCAAGGGUUUAGGUGAAUAUGUGAAUUUACGGACUGGUAUGCCUUGCCAUCUACAUCCAACUAGUGCUCUAUAUGGAAUGGGUUACACUCCAGACUAUGUUAUUUAUCAUGAAUUAAUUAUGACAACAAAAGAAUAUAUGCAAUGUGUUACAUCUGUCGAUGGUAAUUGGCUAGCUAAAGUCGGUCCUAUGUUUUACAGUGUUAAAGAUCCUAACCUUACUCGGUUGGAACGAAAGCGACAAGCUGAAGAACAACUCGUAGAAAUGGAAAAUGAAAUGCGUCUGGCUGAAGAACAGCUUUCUCGUCGACGUGAAGAACUUUCAGCAUCUAUUGGUUCAAGUCGUUUGCGACCAAUAAUUACACCUGGUAUGCGCACUCCUGGUACUCCUUUGUCGAGUGAACAUUUGCAGGAUCCUGAACAAGUUGAAGAAGCUUUGGGUAUUUUAAAAGAUGACAAAGAAUUUGAGGAAUUCGAAAAAGAAACUUGGACAGCAUCAGAGGAAGAGAUUUCAGAUCUGCAAGUAUGGGAUGACAAAUGGGAUUGUGAAGUUGAGAUAGAUGACCAGUUUACUCAAUAUUUAAGACAAGAACUGACCAAACUUGGCCACUUACGCGAAACUAAUUAAAUUCAUUGUUAAACAUUUCAAAUAAAUCAUUAUCACAAUGAUUGCGUUCCAAAUAAACUAUUUGUAAUGAAUAAUACGUUCACAUUCCUCGUGUUACAAGUUUUGACUUUCCGAUUUAGACAACUAUUGAGAAAAUCCAAAUUUCCUACGACUUUGCGCACAUCGUUAAAAUGAGACGAAUACUUAC